GAUACGCCAGAAAAAGCAGCAGAGGCAAGGGCUAGCUGGAGGUUGAACCCCGCCUCCCCCAACUGGAAGGAGAGAGAUGAUUCAGUAAUAGACGAAAAGAUGAGGAGAGAAAACAGGGGAGACAGGAUAAAAAUCACGGUGAAAAUGCAAAACCAAAACCACAGCAAGGCCGAGAAAGGGACAGGUCAUAAAGGAGAAAAACACAGGAAAAGACACAAGAAAAUAAAGCAAGUGAGAUGAAUGGAGAUAUCUGGAAUUGAGAAAGUAGAAAAAGGAGAUAGAAAUGAGAGGGAGAAAAAAAGGGGAAGACAAGUUGGAAUUUAGAGAAGCCCAGCAUACUCUAUGCCCAACACACCACCCAGGAUGAUUGAUUUACCUCCUCACCCCAUUCUCAAUCCUUCUAUGUCUCCUUCUCUCCCAGAUAUUUCUCUCCUCCUGACCCCUGCCCGCAUUCCUAGCCCUUCCAAGUGGGAAAACCCUGCACCUGCGACGACGGUUGUGGGGAGCUUUGGGCCUGGUCUCUGCUGCCCCCAGGCGGUAAUUUUGGGUACUGCCAGAGGAAGAGGGAAGGCGCGGCGCCUGAAGCAGGCAAAGGAAGAGGCACAGAUGGAAGUGGAGCAAUACCGCAGAGAGAGAGAGCAGGAAUUCCAGAGCAAGCAGCAAGCAGCCAUGGGCUCCCAGGGGAACCUGUCCGCUGAGGUGGAGCAGGCUACAAGACGCCAGGUACAGGGCAUGCAGAGCUCCCAGCAAAGAAAUCGGGAACGUGUCCUGGCCCAGCUUCUUGGCAUGGUCUGCGACGUCAGGCCCCAGGUCCACCCCAACUACCGGAUUGCUGCCUAGAACCCACACCAGGUCCCUGGAGGGCCCGACUCCUCCUUCCAGUUCCCCCCUUCAAAGAAAUCCUCAAGAAUCACCUCCCACCAUGAUCCUUUUCACCUUCUCAUUCCAUAGAAAUUCUGGAAGCAAAUCCAAUAAUUCUCCUGUGAAAUCUAUAAAUAUCCUGCUCAGACCUGAAUCUCCAUGUUCUUAAUCCUUCACUGGGAACCUGUAAAUCCCAAGUCACCCUCACCCAACCCCUUUGUGACAGAAGAAGUAGGGAUGUGGAAACCACUCUGACUUCAGAGCCUGGUAGGCUUGGAUCCCUCUCCCAACCCUGCCACCUGCCAGCUGGGCAACCAGAACAUGCACCUUAAACUCCAGCUCCAGUGUCAUUUGCAAUACUGGAAUAACAGUAAUAAGGCCUACCUUGCAGGGUUGCUGCAAUGGUUAGGAACCAUUCUGUAAAGAACCUGGCAUGGUUUCUAGCAUGUAGUAGCUGCGAUUCAAUGACUGGCAACCUUGUGAUAUAAUUACCAUCCCCUGCCCACCUGCCAAAACCUAAACACAGCUGUUUCCUCAUUUCUGUCUGUGGUUUUCUAAUUCUACUCAUUUAUUCUGUGACCCUAGUGAUUCCAUGAGGAAUUGGUUCUUCCCACCUCUUUUCCCAGAGACCUUAUAAUCCUUGAAAAGAUGAAAUAAUGAUCUGAUUUAGCCUCUCUACGGAAGUGCCAGGAAGUUGUUUGCAUCUCUUAACCUCCCUUUUUGUCUCUCUUAAGUUGGUCUUUCUUUUUAUUGGAUUUCCGCAUUUUCCUAUUUUCCCAAAGACCUGAGAUCUAAAGUGAUGCUCUGUCCCCUUGUAUGCAUGGCCUUCCUUUCUACAUCUUCAACACCUUACUUUCCCUUUGUAACUAUGAAAAAAAGUGUCAAUAAAAUAAUUAUGGGCAAACCAAUUGGUGGGUC